AUGCCACAGCCACGCUUCCUCGUCCUCGGCGCUGGAGUCGUCGGCCUUACGACAGCCGUAGAGCUUGCUGACCGCUACCCAGACGCCGAGGUCAUCAUCGCCGCUCAAUACUUCCCAGGCGAUAGGACUCCGCGCUACACAUCUCCCAUAGCUGGCGCCAAUUGGCUCUCCGUAGCGCUCGACAAUGGCCGGCAAGAAAACUGGGACAGGGUCACCUUCGAGAAAUUCCUCGCCUUGGCCACAGACUCGCAGUGCACGGGCGUCGAAAGGAUGGAGAUACGUGCCAUCUACGACAGACCUCCCGCACAAGCUGGAGUGCUCAGUGAAACCACCAAUAAGAUCUGGUAUGAACGCCUUGUUGGAGGGCUGAGAAUGGUUCCUCAAAGUCUCCUACCAGCCGGGGCCAAGUUUGGCUACGACGCGGACACCUUUGUGGUCAAUACACAGGUGUACUUGCCAUGGUUGCAAAAUGAGGCUCGAAGACGGAAAGUGGGCAUGCAUCGAAGGAUAUACACCCACAUCGAGGAGCUGUUCCAGGACUAUCCUGGGGCUACAGCCUACUUUAAUUGCUCAGGUAUUGGCGCUGCCAAGUUGAAGGGUGUUGGAGACGGUAAUGUCUAUCCUACGAAAGGCCAAGUUCUACUCGUCGAGUCGCCUAAAAUACCCAUGACAAGAAUGUAUUUUCGUUCACCACGCCGCGUGGAUAACGACACGACAUAUGUCUUUCCGCGAGGUAGACAUGGAGGUGUCGUUCUCGGAGGAUGUCGUCUUGAUGGCUCUUGGGACGAAACCAUCGAUGCACAUUUGGCCGAAGAUAUCAAACGGCGGUGCUGUGAAUUAGCACCCGAGCUUGGGAAACCGGAGGACUUGAAAGUGAUUUCACACAGUGUGGGAUUGCGACCGAGCAGACAUGGAGGCGCACGCAUCGAAGAGGAGUUUAUGGGCCAGGCUCGCGUCAUACAUAACUACGGUGCUGGAGGGGCAGGGUAUCAGGCAUCAUGGGGAAUGGCUCAAGAAGCAGUCGAUAUUCUAAAAAAGAUGCCACGGCUUUGA